CCCAGCGUGAGGCCCGCGGUCCCCGGCAGCUCCAGCCCUCGCCCCGGUGUCUGCGAGCGGAGUCGCUGCCCGUCAUGUCGUGGAGCCUGCGCCUCUCGCUGCUCCUGCUGGCCGCCCUGGCCGCGGCCCGGGCCGUGAGCCCCGAGGCCGGCGCGAGCGCCAGCCAGCCGCGGGUGAAGAUCGGGGGCAUCGAGGAGGCCGACGCCAACGAGCUGGGCGUGCGCAAAGCGCUGUCCUACGCGCUCAGCGAGUACAACAAAGCCAGUAACGACGCGUUCCACAGCCGCGUGGUGCAGGUGGUGCGCGCCCGCAAGCAGCUUGUGGCUGGAGUGAAGUACUACUUGGAUGUGGAGAUUGGCCGGACCACAUGUACCAAGUCCCAGUCCAACUUGAGUGACUGUCCUUUCCAUGAGCAGCCCAAUCUGAAGAGGAAAGAACUCUGCUCCUUCCAGAUCUACAGUGUCCCCUGGACGGGCAAAGUCUCCAUGUUAAAAUCCAGUUGUGAGAAUGCCUAAGGGGCUGAGGGAGGCUGGGCCAUGCUGAACGCCCUUCAUCACACUCCUCCCCUUCCCGCGCUAACUCUUAGAUGAUAGCGCACCCAGGAGGACAUCUGGUGUGCUAGCACUAGCAGACUAGUAGAGGAGGCUGCUCCAGGAAGCUUGAACACCUAUGCAUCUCUCCCCCUUUCUUCCUUCUCCUUGUAUUUUUUUUUUUUAACUACUGCAUGUUGCCCACAGAUGCUUCUUCCCUACUCAAUAAAACAGUACAAUCA